GAUCACUUUGUGAUCUGCGUGAUGGACAUGGUAGAUAUCGGCGAAGGACGUGUGAUGCCCGGCAGCGGACAAGCGGAGUACACGAUUAAAUACCGCGCGAUUAUCUGGAAACCGUUCCGAGGCGAGACUGUUGAUGCGAUCGUAACCUCUGUCAAACCUACUGGAAUCUUCACUCUGGCGGGACCGUUGUCUGUGUUCAUUGCGCGAAAGAACAUUCCCUCUGAUAUCAAAUGGGAACCCAACACGGUACCGCCCCAAUAUACGGAUCAUGCAGACCAGGUGAUCGAAAAGGGAACGAGCCUGCGGCUCAAGAUCCUGGGUGUGAAGCCCGACGUUGCCGCAAUCAAUGCCAUCGGUACAAUUAAAGAGGAUUUCUUGGGACCCUUGUAAUUUACUUGGAAUGAGAAAUUCCUCGUCCUUUUUCUUCUAUCCGAGGAUACCAACGCCACUGCGAAGGAAGCCUGAACUCUUUAGCCUGUUGUACCACCACUCCCAUCGCUAUAUAGAGACGACCGAAGCAUCAUCUACUCAACUUGAUGUUCGGACGGCGCGCUUGCUGAGGCCUCACAGAAGCGCAUCGAACCGUCUCUCCAAGCGGGAUAUCAUUCGGGGGGAUGGUAUCUUGCUUAUCCUGGCAAAGAAAGCCCGCGCAGGCGGACAGGGCUGCCUCAACGCAGGAGCAUCGGUCUCGCACAUGACUAUUGUGUGUAUGGCAAGGCAACACAAGAUAAGACAAGAACAACGAGAACGGAUGGUGGAUGGCUCGGAGCCGUGAUCGGCUACGUAAUUUUAUAAGAAAAAAGCGUUGUUUUGUACAGUCAAAAUCAAAUAUGGUAAGAGUAACUUGGAUAGAUUUAAAUAGAUAAGAAUGGC